AUGGCCUCAGCUCUCUCCACUGACUCUGCUGCCCUUGACUCUUGUGCUGACUGCAGCUGGAAUCCAGAAGGUGCUUCCUUCCCAGAACAAUUUGCAUGGGGUGCAGCAACAGCAGCAUACCAGGUUGAAGGAAGCUGGGAUGCAGAUGGAAAAGGCCCCAGCGUUUGGGACACGUUCACCCAUCAGGGAGGAGAUCGGGUUUUCAAGAACCAGACUGGUGAUGUAGCUUGUGGCAGCUAUACUCUGUGGGAGGAAGAUUUGAAAUGUAUCAAACAGCUUGGAUUGACUCAUUAUCGCUUCUCUCUUUCCUGGUCACGUCUGUUACCUGAUGGGACGGCAGGUUUCAUCAACCAGAAAGGCAAUUGUUCCUUUAAAAUAGAAAGUUGUGCAGCUUUAAUUCAAGGAGUUGAUUAUUAUAACAAAGUGAUUGACAGUCUGCUAGCAAAUGAUGUGACACCUAUGGUUACAUUGUAUCAUUUUGACUUACCUCAACAUUUAGAAGAUCAAGGUGGCUGGAGAUCAGAUGCCACAGUGAAAGCCUUUGAUACUUAUGCUCAGUUUUGCUUCAGAAUAUUUGGGGACAGAGUGAAGCUAUGGAUCACCAUCAACGAGCCAUAUAUUAUUGCUACACUUGGCUAUGAAAAGGGUAUUUUGGCUCCAGGUAUCGCAGAGCCUGGUACAGGAGCAUACCAGGCUGCUCAUAACAUGAUCAAAGCUCAUGCUGCAGCCUGGCACAGUUAUGAUAGACUAUUUCGGAAACAGCAAGGUGGACUUGUGUCUAUAGCGCUAAUCUCAGGCUGGGCAGAACCCUUUAAUCCGAAUUCUCUUGCUGACCAAGAAGCUGCUAAGUGGCACAUGGCAUUUUGCCUUGACUGGUUUGCUACCCCGAUCUUUCUUGAUGGUGACUAUCCAGCCAUCAUGAAAUCCAAGAUUUCCUCUACGUGUAAAAGGCAAGGAUCUCCAUUAUCGAGGCUUCCAGAAUUUACCGAAGAAGAAAAAGUAAUGAUCAAGGGCACUGCUGACUUCUUUUCUCUUAAUUAUUAUACUACCCGCAAAGUUAAGUACCAAGUUAAUACACAUAGCCAAAUAAGUAUCUUUGCAGACAAAGAAGCAGAGGAAGUAACAGAUCCAUCAUGGCCUGUUGCAACUGGCAGUUCUUGGCUGGCUGUUGUUCCGUGGGGCUUACGUCGCCUAUUAAAAUACAUUAAGGAUACAUAUAAUCACCCUAUAAUUUACAUCACCGAGAAUGGGUUUUCCCAAAGUGACCCUGCUGCACUCGAUGACACUCAGCGCUGGGAGUAUUUCAGGCUGACUUUACUGGAGAUUUUAAAAGCAAUUUACAUAGAUGGUGUCCAGCUGAAAGGAUACUUUGUGUGGUCUCUUCUGGACAACUUUGAAUGGACUUGUGGAUACAGCUCUCGCUUUGGACUCUUUCAUGUGGACUUUGAAAAUUCAGCUCUCCCUCGAGUUCCUUACAAAUCGGCCAUUGAAUAUGCCAACGUUAUCACCAACAAUGGACUGAUUAAAUCACAUGAGUAACAAAUCUCUGUUAGUACCAUCAAUGUACUAUUUACAAGAGAGGCACAAGUGCUAAAAAUCUUUCCAAGCCAGAAUUUUGAUUUUUUAAAAAUGAAUAUUUCUCAAAAAUACCAACAAU